UCUCUCCUAUUGCCGAGCUCCCUUGCGCACAGAGAGCACAUGGCUGUCUGAUUUUGAAACCGCCACCCUCCAAUGAAAGGAUGAUCAGAGUGUCAUGGUGGUGCAGGCCAUGUGCGCCUGUGCAGUCCCUCCCAUGUCAAGUGCAGCAGAGACACGGAAGCAGAAUACUGUGUAGAUCCUACAUUACGUUACUCUAUCAUCAUCACUCCAUCAUGUCGCUGCUGACUCACGUACUGGCAUGCCUGUUUGGUAUGGGCUCCUGGGUGGCAAUCAACGGGAUGUGGGUGGAGCUCCCCCUGAUCGUACCGCACAUUCCAGAGGAGUGGUAUUUGCCAUCCUACCUCACAGUCCUCAUCCAGACGGCCAACAUAGGUCCCCUCUUCAUCACUCUGAUGCAUCGCUUCCGUCCACGGGUGCUAGAUGAGCGACUGGUCAUCUACUGCAUUGUAGGGUUGGGAAUCAUUGCUACAUUCCUGUUGGCUUUCUUCUGGAGGCACACAGUGAUGAUAGGGGGUUCUUUGCACAGUGUGCCACUGUUGUUGUUAAGCUUCCUGCUCUCUGUGGUGGACUGCACUUCCUCAGUUACAUUUCUACCUUUCAUGAUGCGGCUGCGCCCACAGUACCUCACUACAUACUUCGCAGGUGAAGGCCUCAGUGGUCUGGUGCCUGCACUGGUGGCUCUGAUUCAAGGUGUUGGUGUAGUCCACUGUCAGAAUGUUACUUCGCCUACUGCAGGCAACAAAACAGGCGAUAAUAUUACUAUGUUUGGCAGUGGAGAGUUACAAGCCAUCUACCAGCCAGCUAAAUUCUCUGCCCAGGUCUUCUUUGUGUUCCUCAGUGCAAUGAUGGUUGUGUGCAUGGUAGCCUUCAUCCUACUCAAUCAUCACCCAGCUGUGGCUAGAGAGAGAAAGAAUGACCUGUACUUCAGUAGUGAUAUGGCCUCUGGGAAGAGAGAACAAGGUCUGACUCUCCAUGCCCAGACACCAGAACAGAAGCCUAUGAUUAGCCCGCUGGAUGUCAUCAGAAGGGAACCCAGGAGCUUAUUUGGGACGGGAACAUAUAGCAAUCUUGAGGUGUUGUUCAUAUUUGUUGUACUAGCUUGGGUCAAUGCUUUGACUAAUGCAGUGCUGCCCUCGGUCCAGUCUUACUCCUGUCUGCCUUACGGGAACAAGGCCUACCAUCUAGCGGCCACCAUGGCAGCUGUUGCUAACCCAGUGGCUUGCUUCAUCGCCAUGUUCAUGCCCAUUAGGUCUCUCAUGCUCAUGGGUUUCUUGACCAUGGUUGGGACUGGAUUUGGAGCAUACAUCAUGGCUAUGGCUGCUCUUAGUCCCUGCCCACUGCUGGUCCACAGUGCCUCUGGAACAGUUGUCAUAGUGCUGACCUGGAUCCUGUUUGUUCUCUCCCUGUCCUACGUGAAGGUCAUCAUUGGGGUGAUUCUGAGGGAUGAGGGCCACAGUGCCCUCGUGUGGUGUGGGGCAGUAGUGCAAUUGGGCUCCAUGGUUGGCGCCAUAACCAUGUUCCCAUUGGUCAGUAUCUAUCAACUUUUUAAGUCAGGUGAUGCUUGCAACACCAAAUGUCCAAUGUAGUGAAUAAAUAUAUUUAAGUUAAACACUGCUGCACAAACUGUAUUUAGCCCUUAUUUUAGUAGCACUGAACUCAGUCAUGGGUUUUACAUAUUUGUUUCAACAGAACUGAAAGGUGUACAACAGUGUCACUCCGUGAUUUUUUUGUGAUAGAUUUGCUCUUAUGGUCAGAUGGUAGAUUUAUGUGUUAUAUUCACUGACUUAUGGUGUUCUACACAAUGAAAAAUACCUACAUUAUCAGUGUGCCAGACCAUUUUGUUGCUGAGCAUAUUACUCUUCCUUCUCAAUUCAGAGGUCAAAGCUAGUUGAGUUGUUAACAUUAUGUGAAAGAAUAAUGGAUUGAUGUUGUUUUAUACGAAUUUGCAGUACUUUUGGCUUUAAAAAUGUGCCUUAAUUUAAGACUCUGACAAAAAAUGUAUGUUUUUUUUCUUUUUCGGUGUACAUGUUUAUUUUAAAUUUACAUUAUAACUUCUUUGUAUGUGUUACAUGAGUGGUGAAACUGUUGAACAAUACCAAAUAAAAUACUUGUUUUGUUGCUGUUU